CCUAUCUUAUUCGCUCUCUGUCUCUGGAAUCUCUCAAGUGUCAACAUUAAAAACGCUCAUUAGCCAAUCACUCUAAAGCGUUGUCUCUCUUCUGUUCUGUCCCUCCUUCAAUUGUAUGAUUCUGAAUUAUCUAUUUGAAAUCUGAUGAGACGCCGCCCGCCGGCGAUGCCUUCAUUGGAUCAUAUGGAGAAGAGGGCUGGGAAGAAUCAACAGUCCCGUCUUUGUUUAUUAGCUUCGAUUGCUGCGUUUUUUUGGUUCUUGUUAUUGUAUUUCCAUUUUGUUGUCCUCAGAGGUAGUAAUGCCGACGAUUUUUCACUGUUCCACCCCAUCUCUGUUACUACUAAGUCAAUCAAUAGGCAUCAUACCGAUUCCCUACUAACAUCUAUUAGUCGUCCCACUACCACCAGUCGUCCAGCAACUAACUCUCAUAAUGCUCCAAAAGUUUCUGUCAAUGCCAAUACCCACAUUGCUGAAGCAAACCCAGUGACUACUAGUCGUCCAACUAGUAGUGGCCAUGAUGAAUCGGAGGAUUACCCAUUUAUGAGGGCAUUGAGAACCAGAGAGAACAAGAAUGAUCCAUGUGGAGGGAAGUAUAUAUAUGUUCAUGAUCUUCCUCCUAGGUUUAAUGAUGAUAUGCUCAGGGAAUGCAGAAGUCUUAGCCUUUGGACCAACAUGUGUAAGUUCACUAGUAAUUCUGGGCUUGGUCCCCCAUUGGAGAAUGUUGAAGGAGUCUUCUCAAAUACUGGAUGGUAUGCGACGAAUCAGUUUGCUGUUGAUGUGAUCUUUGGUAAUCGAAUGAAGCAGUACAAGUGCUUGACAAAUGAUUCUUCUCUUGCUGCUGCCAUUUUUGUGCCCUUCUACGCGGGGUUUGAUAUAGCUCGGUAUCUGUGGGGGUACAACAUAUCAACGAGGGAUGCUGCAUCUCUCGAUUUGGUUGAUUGGCUCCUGAAGAGGCCAGAAUGGAGCAUAAUGGGAGGGAAGGAUCAUUUUCUUGUUGCGGGUAGGAUAACAUGGGAUUUUAGGAGACUAUCUGAUGCAGAAUCAGACUGGGGCAACAAGCUUCUGUUCUUACCGGCUGCAAAAAAUAUGUCAAUGCUUGUGGUAGAAUCAAGCCCCUGGAAUGCAAAUGAUUUUGCCAUCCCAUAUCCCACAUACUUCCAUCCAGCAAAGGAUGCUGAUGUUUUCAUUUGGCAGGACCGGAUGAGGAAAUUGGAGAGAAAAUGGCUUUUCUGUUUUGCUGGCGCACCACGUCCAGGAAACCCCAAAUCAAUUAGGGGACAGAUCAUUGAUCAAUGCAAGGAUUCCAGGGCCUGCAAACUACUGGAGUGUGAUUUUGGGGAGAGUAAAUGUCAUUCUCCAAGCAGUAUAAUGCAGAUGUUUCAGAGCUCCCUUUUCUGCCUACAGCCUCAAGGUGAUUCAUACACAAGAAGAUCGGCUUUUGACUCAAUGUUGGCAGGUUGCAUACCUGUCUUCUUCCAUCCUGGUUCAGCGUACACACAGUAUACUUGGCAUCUUCCGAAGAAUUAUUCAAAGUACUCGGUAUUCAUUCCAGAGGAUGAUAUUCGUAAGAAGAAUGUUAGCAUAGAGCAGAGGCUCAGUCAAAUUUCUCCUGAGCAGGUUAAGAUAAUGAGGGAGGAAGUUAUAAAUCUUAUCCCCGGGCUGAUAUAUGCUGAUCCUCGCUCUAAAUUGGAGACUCUUAAUGAUGCCUUCGACGUAGCUGUGCAGGCUGUUAUAGACAAAGUUACAAAGUUGAGAAGGGACCUUGUUGAGGGCCAUCAUGAUGACAAUUUCAUUGAGGAGUUAAGUUGGAAAUAUGCUUUGUUAGACAAAUGGGAGCGUGGGGUCGGGCCUCAUGAAUGGGAUCCUUUCUUUUCCAAACCAAAAGGUGGUAAUGCAGAUUCUAAUGGUUCAUCAUCAGAAGUAGCCAAAAAUUCUUGGAAGAAUGAGCAAAGAGAACAGUCGUGACUGGGACUCAAUGAGUUCGGCAGAAGUUCAAGUGAUGCCCAACGCAUGUAUGCUGGAGCUUAAGACAAGACCUUGCUGAGUCUCAGAGGUGUGGUGGAGGUAUGGAAACAAGCCGUUUCAAGGAAACAGUUUUAGAAUUCACCGUAUAGUUUGUCAACCGCAUAAUAUUGCAUAAAGUCAAAUACAAGAAAUAUAUUUCUGCUUUUUUGUGAGAUAGGUUUUUCAUGUUCUCUAUUUUGUAAUUCAACCUGAAUUUAUUAGAAAGUAACAAAAAAGAUGU